AUGUCAGAUGUAAGUUUAAAAGAUAUUAUCAAAGAAGAAACUGAAACAAUCAUGCGGCAAACUGUUUUACUUAAUAUUCCACCACGAUUACAAUGGGAUAAUGACAAUGGUUAUUGUGGUGAAACAGCUCUUCAGUCUAUCGAUCUCUAUUAUGGUGCCUGGAUUUCUCAGCAAUUGAUUCGUAAUAUAAAUGAAGGUGAAUAUCUAUUCCAACCAGUGUCAUUCAAUGAUCAUCGAGAUCCAUGGCGUACUUUGACAUUACUUCAUUUCACAUACAAUGAAUGGGAUUGGAUUAAUUCUCCUCAACCACAAUUUCGUGAUUUUUAUCAUUGGAUGAAACGAUCAACUUUACGACGACAUCCUGUCAUAUUUGGUAUUUUUCUUCCCGAUGAGGAUGAAACAGAUUAUGAUCAUAUUGUUCCAGCAGUUAGCAUACGAUAUCAAAAUGAAGAUCAAUAUGAUCCACAUGAUACAAUCAUCUAUUAUGAUUUAUAUAACGCUGAGCAAAUCGAGAAAAAUCUCAACAAAGAGGAAUUUGGGGCAACUAGAGAAACUAUCAAUGAUAAAGAAGAUGCUGAUGAUGGAUGUUUACCAUUAGAUAUCGAUUAUGGUAUAGCUAUUACUGGCAUUGUGGAUGAAGAUUCCGUAACAUUACCAGUUCGCUUAUCUGUUUCUGAAUGGGAUGAACCUAAUCCAAUAUUUAGACAACAUUCUAGAGAAAUGCGUGGAACUAUUACAGUAAAUAAUAUGACAAAUAGAUGUUUCUAUGCUCUCUUGCGAUAUUCAUCUUACGAAUUUGUGUCAACUAGAGGAAAUGCAAAUGAUUUUCUACUAUCUGAUUUUGAUAUGAGACAUGAGUUUAUGGCAACCAGCACGGACUAUGUGUAUGAAGAUCCAAUGGCAAUAUCAACAAGUGGAUCUGUCUACUAUCGUUGUAUUUUAAUAUCUGAGUAA